GUCCCCGCGCCCAGUCGACCAGACAACAUAGACGGUGGGGUACGCGCAUUUUGCUCUUAAGUUGCAGUGAAUUAAAAUUACAAAUUCUUUAGCGUUGCGCUUUGUGUAAAUUAAAGUGCGUGCGAUAACUAAUUAAAGACUGGUUUAUACGCAUUUUGACUUAAAAAAUGGCCACAGAAGUAAUAAAUAACGUGCCUGAGAACACUGAGAAAGAAAAGGAGGCAAAGGAGGACGCGCCGGUAGACAAUGGGCAAACUAAAGAAGAACCGCCGGCCGAAAAAGUAGAAGAAAAGACAGAGGAGAAGAAAGUGGAACCUGCCCCGCCCAAGAUCACGGUCCACAAAGCAAACUUUGAAAAGGAUAUCGUCUACUUGUAUCAGUUUUCACGAACUCCUUUGUUGCCUUCAACUUCACCAUACUGCUUGAAAGUCGAAACAUGGCUUCGUUUGGCCGGCAUUAAAUACGAGAACGUCGAUCACAAGGCAAAAUUCCGAUCUAAGAAGGGUCAGUUGCCAUUUGUGGAGUUGAACGGCGAAGAGAUUGCUGACAGCGCUUUCAUCAUCAAAGAGCUUUCUGAAAAGUUCAACAAAGAUCUUGAUGCGUCUCUGACGCCGGAGCAGCGGGUCGUGAGUCACGCUAUGAUCUCUAUGAUUGAGAACCAUCUGUCUUGGGUGGUUCUGUGGUGGCGCGCCAAGUACCCGGACAGUGUCAUCAAGGGAUACCAAGUGAACCUUCAGAACGCGCUCAACACCCGCUUGCCAAACCCGAUCCUGAACUUCUGCUACAAGUUGGCGGCUGCCCGUAAGGGCAUGAAAAAAGCUAAGGCUCAUGGCAUCGGCGUGCACUCACAAGAAGAAAUUCUUGAGUUCGGCAAGAAUGAUCUACGAGUGCUUUCUGAUUUGUUGUCGGAUAGACCUUUCUUUUUCGGAGAUGAACCAACUAUUUUGGAUGUGGUUGCUUUCGCCAACCUCGCACAAGUCCACUUCAUCGACAAAGAAGUGGCCCACCCGCUGCGAGACGCCAUGAAUGAGUUGUUCCCGAACCUCGUGGGUCUGGUGUCGCGUAUCAAGGAGCGCGCCUUCAACGACUGGGAUGACAUCUGCUCCACCCUCGACCUUAACGCGCACCUGCCCAAGCCCGCCAAGGAAGUCAAGGAGACCAAGGAAGGUACAGGGCCCGCUGAAAAGCAGCCGCUACCUGAUGAACCUGAGAAGGGCAAGGGUGAUGAGAAAGAAAAGGAACUAGAAAAGGAAUCGGACGAGAAAGGCAAGGAGAAGGACAAUGAGAAAGAGAAGUAAAUGACGACGGCAUGUACGGCGCUAAAUUUCAUUAUACCGUAUAAUUAAUUAAUUAACAAGUUGAGAUAUACUCUUAAGAGUCAGACUCGUCGUAGAUUCUGUAAAUUAUAAGUGUGUAAAUCCAUUUGUCUUUCCCGUUGCUUUCAGUUGAAGAGGACGCGAGCUAUAAUAUUGUGGUCUCCGUUCUUUAUAAUAUGUAGUUGACGUGAUGUCGUGUCGUAUUACAUUAACCAUUUCGUCUUAGGUAAACGUUUUGUUUCUAUGUUUACGAAUGUAGUUCGUGUAAUGUUUCAAUGCUAUAUGUGUUUAUAAUAUUUGAUAAUUCUGUCAUUAAAUGUUUGGAUGAUUCAAAUCAAUAUUAAUAAGUAUUGCAGUUAUUAAGGUAUUCAGGAUUAGGCAAACAUUUAUUCAAAUGAUAAAUAGAGUAUGUAAUUAAUUCGAGAUAGUCCACUUGCAGCGCAUCAUCGUAUCGUAUGUAUGGAACUGGAGUCUGCAGUCAGUCGCCUGAACAGAACCACCUCAGGCGUGUUCUCGUCCCUAGGGAAGUGAAUGAAUCGUGCCAACUUACUCGACCAUUUCUGAUAUCAUAUUCAGCUGCCGCAUUGUUUCCAUCUGUAAAGUCCGUAAUAUACUGACAGGGUGUAAGAACAGGGCUACGAAUGAUAUUUUUAAAUUGUCGUUAUUGAAUAAAUGGGACCCGCCCAUUACUCUCUUUGAAAGAAGCGUCGUAUACCUAUUUGAGAUUAUUAUUUCACAAAUCUCUCUUCUCAUUCAUACUUCAGCGCCGAUGGCGUCCUACUUUAAAAUAAUUUACUCUACUUUGUAAGUGUAGAAUAUUUGAUACCAAAAAUUGGCUGAUUUAGAUAAAUUGGAAAGAAUGAUGCAUUUCUUAAAACAUAGCUCUUCAGUUCUAAAGAAUGAGCUAUUGUGUAUGAUUAGACUGUUUUGAGAUUCUUGUACUUUAUUGGUUUAUUAUACAAAUGAAAUUUUACAAUUUACAAUUUUUGAUAAUCGAAAACCCUGGAAGACUGUUUUUCACGUUAUUAAUAAUUCAUAGUCCAUAAAAUUUUGAUAUUGAAUUAAGUGUUAAGGUUUAGAAAAGAAAUGUACUCAAAAUUUAUAGAAUGUAAAAUAUUUAAUUGCAUUAUAAUUAUUCGGUCAAUGACUUGUAGUUGUUUUGCCCACUACUUUUAGUAACGAUCAAGAUACGGCAAAAAUGUACGACGCGGCUUCAAAACAAUGGUUACAAUAUAUUAAAGAUAAUCGCAAGCGUCGGCCACGUAACGGCGACGGUACGACCAUCUCACGGCCGCGUCAUCACGACGGGUCGGCGAUGCAGCGAGUCGCGUUGCAUGUGCUUGUGGCUUCUUGUCGCACACGUCACUCGAGACGAUAAUUCUGUCUCGUAUAACUGCACAUUCACAUACAAUUUUUGUAUAAUUUUGACACGCCCUUAGUUAUCUAUUACUACUAUUAGACGUUUUGUAAAAUAUUCAAUGAAGACUGUCGCUCAUCAUUCAUUCCUUGAUUGUUCGGUGGAACUUAUUGUUCGAUUGAAACGAAACGAGUUGUUUAUUUCCUGAAAUGUUUGUGCUCAAAGGCGGAUUUAUGGCGUUAGGCACUGAAACAGGCUUAAUGGUAAAAACUUAGUAUUAAACUCUAAAGAACAUUCCAGUUUCACACAUCAUUUCACGAUUGAGUUAAAGUUGUGAUUCCAUCUGGUUGCUAUGGCAGUAAGUGAGAAUUCGAACGGAUAAUAUUAAAUUUGUAAAAUAAGUAAAUGGUUUUCGCAUCGUGGCUUGAUAGUAGUACAUCGAUUUAUAAUCGGUUCGUAGGUAGGCGCUGUAGACGAUUAUACGUGCUUCUUGUUUCAAUUUAACAUCUCAAUUGAUCGAUUAUUGUUAGGGCUAAUGAUAAGUUAGACACGAUGAAAUGACUACAUGUUAAUGUCGUAAAUGGUAAACAUAAGAAUAAUAGGUAGGUCAUGUAACCCAGGUUACGCUAGAGUAAUAUGUCCGGGCGUAUGUCGGUAAAUUGAGCAGGCCGCCACGACGCCUGCUCCAUAUAAAAUAUGUACCUAGUAGAGUAGAUAUAAAAAACUGACAAAAGACAAAAAAAAAGAUUUUGGUUCAAUUUGUUGUAUUAUGAAUGUUGUUGAUUUGAUUUUUUCCGGGGAAAGGUCGACGUUUUUUAGUCCCUCCCGACAACUGCUAACCAUCACUGCCAUUAGAUAACAGAUUAAGGAAAUUAAUGAUAAGUAGAGUAAGGAAUGAUGUACUUUACUAGUCGUCGCGUACACAUUCGACAUAAAGCGUGGUACCAGCAUACACGAUGGUGUAUAGCCACACUCCCGUAAUAUUAUAUUAUGUAGAUACAUUUAACGUCGUUUAUUAUAAGGCUGAAGAUUUGUCCGACCAUCCCGUGUGAGAGCCUGUUUCAGUGUUGUGCGAUAUAUCGACCGAGCUGGCAGCUUGCUGGCGUAGUACUCUGGAACAGUGGUGCGUUGUCCGCAGUCCCAACCGCGCGCGUUGUAUAACUUCUGUAAGAACAGUCUGCAUAGUGGUGACACUUGUCUAAGGGUAAAUCCGAAACGACUAUGUUACGAUAGAAUUAGGGCUAAUAUUUAAGCAUCACAGUAAUCUUAAAUAUCAUAUUCCCAUUGUUUUGUGUACGUCGAGACAAUAAAGAAGAGUGCAAGUAUUGUUGACCAUCUGAUUAUAGCCCGUGUUUUUCAGAAUAGAAAAUAUUACCAUGAAUUGAAGAGUUUGUAAAGGAUACUUUAUUGUCUCUUUCUAGGAUGUAAUAUUAUAAUCUUAUUGAUAUUAUUAUAUUCAAUAUUUCAUGAUUAUUCACACUCAUAUAAAAAUAAUGUUGUAAGUUACUAGCUAUUAUACAAAUUAUUCAUAAUUACUCAUAUUUUAAGCAUAAGUAUUUCAAGUAUGUAUGUUUAUACUAUUAAGAAUACUGUAGGAAACCUUAAGAUUGUAAUAUCUAUCUAUAGUUAUGUUUUUUCUGUAAUGAUAAUUCAUUCACUUAAUAUAACUAGUAUCUGUGGUUUUCAAUUAUUGUGUCAAUAUUUAAACGUAAGUAGAUAGUAAUGGUUCGCCAUCCAUAACGACGAAAAAUUGAGCUUCGACGCCGUAAACAUAUACUUUAAGAAUUUCAUGUGUAAUAUUCUUUCGCCAUUAAAUAUAUACCUA